AUGUGUAUGUGGCUAAAUCGUAUAUAUAUAUAUAUAUAUUCGUCCUUUGUUUCCUUGCUCUGUUUUCUGGCGUAUUUUGAAGAAUAUAAGACAAUGGCAACAUCAGAAAGUUCAGGUGCUAAGAGAUUUUGGGGCGUCGAUUCGGAGUAUGAGGUGACACUAUGCUCUACAGACAGCCCCGUUCGGGCGUAUGAGUCGCACAUGUUUGACAAGGAAGUGCUGAGCGCAGAUGGAGCUGCACACACGGCAAAAAAACCCAAAGCUGGUGAUUCGCUCGGAUAUGAUAAGCACCAGGCAUCCCUCCCGCGCUUACCCAUUCCAACACUGCAGGAUACGUGCGACUUGUAUUUGAAGUCUAUUCAGGCUCUCGUAACGGCUGAGGAGUACGUUCACACCAAGAAAGUUGUGGAAGAUUUCCUGAAGGGAGGUGGAAGCGGGGAAACACUACACAAUUUGCUCCUUAAAUGGGACAAGGAGUGUAACCAACCGAGUUGGUUGGAGGAGUUUUGGAAUGACUCUUACGUUUGUAUGCGCGAUCCCAUCCCAGUCAACGUUAACUUUUUCUUCCAAUUUAAACCUCAUCCACAACACUUGCAGAAUGGCCGUCAUGUCUCGCAAAUUGGCCGCGCCGCCAGCCUUCUGCAUGCGGCAGUUGAAUACUAUGUAUCGAUUAUAAAUGGGACCGUGGCCAGAGAAUUCGAGCGGGACGCUCCAGUAUGCAUGAGUCAGUACCGCUUUGUUUUCAGUACCUCGCGUGUUCCUGGAUUACAUCAGGACCGGAAAGUUUGUUACUCCGAAAGACCGCUCACAGAGGACGAGAAAAGGUCAAAAUUUGCUGAGUACGUCGCUGCCAGCCCCACUCACUGCGUUGUAAUAAUCCGUGACCGCUUUUUCAAGUUAGAGGUACUUCGAGAAGAUGGUACCCAAUACAGCGUCGAGGAACUUAUAGUGUCACUCAAGUAUAUCGAAGAUUUCGUCACCUCAAGGCAGAACCCCGGAGCACCGGUGGGUCUUUUGACAACAAUGGACCGCACGGAGUGGUUCCACGCUCGUGAACGCCUUAAGAAACUGGGUAACGUAGGCAUACUUCAAACUAUCCAAUCGGCCCUCAUUUGUAUCUGCCUCGAUGGCGUCCGUGUUGUUUCACCGGAGGUGGGCGCCCGGUUGCUGCUGCAUGGACAAGGGACGAACCGAUGGUUUGACAGGCACAACAUCAUUGUUACAGCUGAUGGGACUGCGGGUGUGAAUUGGGAGCACUCUGUUAAUGACGGCGGAACGGCAUUGAUGCUGGCCGACUUCAUGUACAAGAAAGACUGCGAGCGCUUCUUUACAGGAGAUGAGGUUGAAGCCCUUUCUAAGCGGGAAGGCGUGUCCCUUACUGUGCGGAGGAUGGUCGCCGAGAAGCAGUGGAAUCUUGACAAGGGAAUAUAUGGCGUCAUGAAGUCUGCGUCAGAGGAUUUUAAAACAUUAAUUCAAAAUAAUGAGUUACAUGUGCUACAUUUUGGAAACUUUGGUGGGGCCUUUCUGAAGCGCUUUGGGAUCUCACCGGAUGCCUUUUUUCAGAUGGCCCUUCAGUUGACAUACUACCGGCUCUUUGGCCGUAACUGUGCGACCUACGAAGCGGCUACCACACGUACCUUCAGCCACGGCCGUACAGAGUGCAUACGAAGUGCCAGUUCUGAAGCUCUGGACUUCUGCCGAGCGGCGUGCGAGCCAUUGUUUCCCAAGCGUAUCGGCUCUGCAGUACCUUCUCAGGGCGAAUUCCUCCGCAAGGCAGUCGCCGCUCAUGCAAAUGCUGUAAAACUUGCCAAGAGUGGCCUCGGUGUAGAUAGACAUUUAUAUGGUUUGCGGGUAAUGGCGCGAAUGCACGGUGUUCCGCUUCCCGGACUAUUUAAUGAUCCGUCUUACCACCGGAGUGGAACGUGGCUCAUGUCGACUUCCCAUUGUGGAAGCAAUGCACUCGAUGCCUUUGGGUUCGGCCCUGUUGUUGUUUCGGGGUUUGGGAUCGGCUAUAUGAUCAAAGCCGACAGCAUAGAUGUUGUCAUUACUUCAAAGUGUACUUCUCAUUUUACUUCUACGGUGGUGUUUGCUUCCAUGCUGGAAUCCUCGUUGUUUCACAUGAAGACUAUACUUCAGAGUGAAGAUAUGAGCCGGCGAGCUGAGAGAGAUAUUUUACUUUUCUCUCAUCCAUGUGGACUGAACGACUUUCAGUUCUCUGAGAAGGAGGGCUUCAUCUACGAGCACCAUGUGAAUGGCAGCAAAGGUGAGAUGACUGAUUCCAUUGCUGAUGCCUCACCAAAUUUGUAA